AUGUUCACGAUCUCCGCCACGAACGUCAAGACUGUCGUCGCCGUCAAGGCCUCGACGAAGAAGACCGAAUCCAAGGCCUUCGCCCCGCAAGCCGCGGUCGCGGCGACGGCGGCGGCGAUCUUGCUCGCCGGUCCGGCGCACGCGCUCGACGGUAAGCAAGGCUUGACCAUCCUCAACGGCACGGGUGCCGCUCCGGGCAAGUACGAGCAAUUCUUCGACCCGCGACCGGUCGUUCAGGUCGAGACCGUCGGCCCGGGCGCUGUUACGAAGGAAUCCGCGCGCAUCCUGCCGAAUAAGCAAAUUGGCCCGGAUGCGUGCAAGACCAUUUCCGGCGCGCCGUGCGUUGACUUCAGGACGGGCAAGUAA